CUACAUACAGCCCUGGCCAUGUAUGGGAAUACCAAUUCUCUCGCUCUCGCUCUGCCUCCACCAUCAAUACCAAAUUAUUCUCAUGCAUGCGUUGUUCCUGUAGCGGGGAAGAAACUGUGAGCGCGAUGUGGUGGUGCUGCUGGAAAUGUGGCCUUGACACUUGCUUGCAUUUCUCUGCUGAUAUGGUCUAAAUUUACUCUUCUGCUCGGACUUUCCCUUGCGGAAUGGGCGUCGGCAUUUCUGCGUGCUGUGAAUGAGCCUUGUAGUGGCUCCGACGCAUUUCUUGGUUGCAGAGGAGCGUUGUUCGGGUUUCGGGUUUAGUGCAACCGAAGAUGUGUAUAUCUUUGGUUCUCGAUUGCGAGAGGUCGAAAGAAUUGCUCCAGUUCAUCACCGUUCGAGGUAGCCGAGUUCAUACACUGUUCACUGAAGAGAGGAAGCAAUAACCAGCGUUCUUCUGUCUGAUGGCAGAAUUAAGUUCCAGCAUAUACAACAACCUGCGGAAGGUUGAUAAAGAGAUCGUGAGUUACGAUCACUGGUUUUCAGUAGCCAGCGAGCUUUGGAUAAUUUCAAGUUUUUAGUGGGAAAACUGUGUAACUUAUUGUCCUUUCGUAUUGGGAAUCGGAGAAUUUUUGGCAUUUUUAGGGAAUGCAGGAGGCAGUGGUCAAUGUAAACGAAGAUAUCAUCAAUUUUUUUUUUUUUUUUUUUUUUUUUUUUUUUUUCUUUCUUUCUUUCUUUCUGUAGGAGAGGUUGGUCAGCAGGACGUCUUGGUGUGUAGCAUAGCUGCAUUGGGCUACAAUAAGGUUAUAUGCCAGUAGGUAUUACAAUGGGCCAAACAGACUGCAAUUUACUUGGAAUUUAUCAUCAAUCAGCUAGAUGUGAGCAUUUGUAUGUAUUGCACGUUUCUGGAUGUGGCUCUUUUGAGGUUACAUGGAGCCGAAGCGGUCAACACGUGGAGUAGUCGAAGGCUAAAGCAGACAUCGAUAGAGUCUGAACGGAAUGGCUAUGAUGUUUGUUAUUCCGUCUUCUUUACGGGACUUGGAAACACCGUCGGAAAGUGGAGAUCACCUCUGUGCUCAAGAUGUCACGGAUGUUGAAAAGUUAUCAGCUUCCGAGGUCGAUGAACUUGUGAAAGAUGUCGCUUAUGAGUUGGUGGACAAGGAGGUUUGGUGUAUUGAGGAGCAGGAUGUCUUUGAUAAAGUUUACUCUCUCAUAAGAGGUUUUCCAUUUUUAGAGCCAUCCGCGAGAGGGAGUUUGGUUGAGAGCCUGUGUUCCAACUUAGCAGUCCUUAUCACUUCUAUCACGGCACAAUCUCAUGCAUCGAGUGAGUCAACAGAGGAUGCUGCAUACAUGCUGCAGCAGAUGCAUUUGCAUAGGAAUGCACUUAAAAUAUACUCUUACUUCCUGCAGUGUGUUCUCAUUAUGGAAGAAGCUGCAGAAGUAAAACCAGUGCUAAAGGCUACUACUGGGAAGGGUAAGAAGGUACAUCCUCGAAAGGAACCUGUGCCUGCUAAGUGGAGUUGGGAUGUCCCUAGGACGCGUAUUGUUCGCUUGCUUGCUACCACUGUGGAAAUUGACUUGCGACACCUUUACUCGAUGUCACAACCUGAGAAUGAUUUCAUCGCUUUAUUCGCCGAAGCUGCCUUUUUACUCCUAGAAAAUUCAGCGUAUACGAAGGAGAAGGAUCUAAAAGAUGCCCUGUGCAACAUCCUGGCCGCCUGCGCAGCAAAAUACGGCUAUAUCGUACCAGUGACAUCUACUAUUUUAAAUCUACUUCACAAGUAUGAGCAUCUUUCAGUUCAUCUCGCAGAAGUUGUUUCCAUGGCUGAAGAAAAGUAUCACGAUAGAGGCCUCCCUAUGUCUAUUUUAAGAGGGAUUGGUCACAUUAAUCCCCUAGACUUAAAGCGUGAUAAUUUUGGAGCUGAUAGUGUAAGCUCUUUUCUAGUGGCAAUGGCAGAGCGUAUGGCGAGGUUUAUGACUGAUAAUCUCAGUAUUAUCACUCCUCACCUGAAUGGUGAGUCUUACAAAAUGCGCAAUGCGAUUGUGCAAGUGAUUGGUACCCUGCUGGCGAAGGCUUCCAAGGAUUCUUCUGGGGACGUUGCAGGGGACGAGAUGACCCUCCUCCGUUGCAAGCAAGGAAUGAUAGAUAUUCUCCUGGAUCGUGCCAGAGAUAAAAGUUCGUAUACUCGCAGCAAAGUCUUACAAACGUGGGCAAAACUUUGUGUGGAGAGUGCCAUUUCAAUUGGUCACUGGAAUUCGGUGGUACAGGUUGCCGUUGGAAGAUUGGAAGAUAAAGCAGCUAUCGUGAGAAAAAGUGCUCUUCAAUUAUUGACUACUCUCCUCCAAUUCAAUCCUUUUGGUCCAAGUCUUCGAAUUAGCCAAUUUGAAUACACAAUCCAACAAUUCAAAGAGAAAUUAAAAGAAAUGACUUCGAUAUACGUGAACCUCAAUGAGGCAGACCCUCAUUUGGUUGAACCAGAGAAUCGUGUCGGUGUAAAUAGGGACGAAGCUUCAGAAGAGGUAAAUGGUGAUCAGGUUGAAGGCACCCCGAACUCGCAAUUCGAUCACACCGAUCCAUCUCAGAUACAGCCUGAACCUCAUGAACCCAAUGCAACAGAUACAGGAGGCCUAGAACGGUCCCGAGCUAUGGUGGCUUCCCUGGAGUCAGGAUUGCAGUUUUCUUGCUGUAUUGUCGGAGUAAUGGAUGUGCUUGCGCAGCUUCUUGCUUCAUCGUGUUCAGACGAUGUGAAGCAUACAAUAACGCUACUGGUACUGGCCUGUCAGUUUGAAAUUGAUGGAGCCCAAAUGAAUCUACUAAAAAUGUUACCCCUUGUAUUUUCUCAGGAGCCAAGUGUAUGUGAAGCUGUUGAGGGAGCUUUCGCAGCUCUUUACAUGAAACCAAGUCCAUCUGAAACAGCUCAAAAUCUUUUGAAACUUGCACUGGAUGCAAGCAUUGGGGAUAUAGUUUGUAUUGAAGCAAUCGUGAUGAAGUUAACGAAAAAUGGGACAAUCUCCCAAAGCACGGUGGCAGCUCUUUGGAACUAUUUCACGUUCAAUGCUGCUGAUGUUACCCCUCAGAAGAGUCGGGGGGCUUUGGUUGUUUUGUGCAUGGCUGCUAGGUCAAAACCUCAAAUUUUAAGCUCCCAACUUAAAAGUAUGAUCUGUAUCUGUUUGAGCCGACGUGCUGGAGAAGAUUCCCUGAUUGCAAGAUAUGCAUGCAUUGCACUACAACGUCUUUCAGAUGCUGAUCGAGUUGGCCUAGGACCAAAUCACAAGAUCUUCAGUGUUUUAGCCAGUUUAAUCAUAGGACCAGGUUUGUCUGAGGAGGUCUGGUACUCAGCCGCUGAACAAGCUAUCAAUGCAAUUUAUGCUCUUCAUCCAACUCCUGAAAAGUUAGUUUCAGGACUUCUUCUACAGUUCUGCAAGUCAGUGUUCGGCACCUUCCAGGAGAUAGAUAUUGAGUGUUCGUCUCGGGGGGUACCCACGGCCUCGGAUAAUGGAGUUCCUGUCAGUCCUUUAAGAGUGGGAUUUGAUAUGAUUGAACCCAGAGCAUCUCAUCUUAGUCGCUUCCUCUUCACAUUAGCGCACAUCGCUCUCAAGCAUCUUGUUUACGUCGAAUCAUGUGUGCGCAAACUACGAAAGCAAAUAGCAGACAAGGAGAAGGCAGCAGCAGACACGGUAGCUGCUGCACAAUUUAGUGAUGGCGGAACUUCGUGUCGACUGGCCAGCAGUGAAGUUGAGAACAUUGAUACAGAACUUGGGAUGGCAGCUUCUGAAGAUGCAAGAAUAGAUUCCCUCCUGGAGAGGACUGCAAUCGAGAUAAUUUCUGGUGAUAGAAGUCAAAAGUUUCUAAUAGAUGAUAUGGCUCCCAUUGUCGCCAAAAUCUGUCGUAAUUCGGGUCUCAUGCAGCAGUAUCCGCGACUGGGGUCUUCAGCAAUGCUAGCUCUUUGCAAACUUAUGGCUAUUAAUGGGGACUUCUGUGACCAGAACUUGCAACUGCUCUUCACAGUAGCACAAAGUUCGGGGGAUUCAGCAGUGCGUUCAAAUUGUAUUAUUGCUCUAGGCGAUUUGGCAUUUCGAUUUCCUAACGUGCUAGAGCCGUGGACUGAGCACAUGUAUUCUCCCCUAAAUGACAAAGACCGAAAGGUUCGGAAGAAUGCAGUUCUUGUUUUGACUCAUCUCAUCCUCAAUGAUGUAGUCAAGGUGAAUGGACACAUUUGUGAGAUGGUCCUGCGGUUGGAGGACGAGGAUGAACGAAUUCGAAAUCUUGUGAAGCUCUUUGUUCAAGAACUUGCGAACAAGGGAAACAAUCCCAUUUACAACCAUCUUCCCGACAUUAUCAGCCGACUUUCUUGUAACUCUGAACUGUCACAGGACACGUUUCGUAAUGUUGUGGAGUUCUUUAUCAGCACAAUCACUAAGGAUAGGCUAAAGGAGGCUCUAAUUGAAAAGUUGUGUCAACGUUUCCCGGGCACUUCUGAUGUGAAGCUAUGGACGGACCUAUCUUAUUGCAUGGCGCAGCUCAACUACACGGACAAGAGCUUAAAGAGGAUAAUUGAAUUAAUUCCAAAAUUCCAGAACGCACUUGGCGAGGAGGAGGUUGUGGAGCAUUUCAGAAGCAUAGUUUCUAAGGCAAAGAAAUCUGCAAAUCCAGAAGUGAAGGGGAUGGCACAUGACUUUGAAUCCAGAAUUGGUAAAUUUCACGAAGAGAGGAAAGAGCAUGACUUGGCUGAGCGGAACGCUCAGGCCCAUCGAAGUAGCGCUUGUGAGUCAACAGGCAGUCUUCAUACUCAGUGUAAUGAACACGUGGGUGGCAGGGGUUUCGAAGAGCAAUGUGAACUGGAAGAUUCAAGAGCUGGUGCAACAGUAGUGUUAGGAAACAUCGCAGAUACUAAUAAAAACGCAGGCGUGACUGCAGAAGACGAAACUAAUACACUUGGCAUAAACCGCCUGGAAGCUCCAUACUUUUCAGAAGAACUUAUUGCAAAAGAACGUAUGAAGCAAUAUUUAAGAUCUCAUGAUUCGCAUAUGACUGCUGACACAACUUCAGCAAUUAAUGAAAACCCUAAAUCUAAUACUGAUGUGACGAGGGCAAGAUCACUGGAAACCAGUCUAAAAUUAAUUGACAAGAUGAACGAUGAAGAAGCUGAUACCGUCGGUAAAAAUACUUCUGGAAGGAUUUCACCAAACGCAACCGAAACGCACAACGAGGUUGAGAGCAGAGGUAAUUUUCAGCUACCUGCACAUGGUGCCUCCAGUUACUGCAGUGUGCCCAAGAAAUCCUCAAGGAAGAGUAUUCUCUAUCCUAAUGAAGGACGCAAACAGAAUAAUCGUAUCCAUGGUCUGAAUUUCCUAGAAGAUCAUCUUGCAGAAAAAAGAAAAAAACCCAUCCGCAGAAUUGCAACUAACAGAAGUACAUCAACACCGCAAAGAACAUGUUCCACGAAUUUUCCACCACUUGCUCGGAGGAGGGUGAUGAAUCAAACGAGGUUGCUGGCGGUGGUAAGCUUUGGGGUAGUUUGGGGUAGUGGCAGAAAUGUACGCGAGCAAGAGAUGAAGGGGGAUUCUUGGAGAGCGUCCAGCGCCUCGGCUCAACUGGAAGGCAGUGUAAACGAAAAGGGGCACAGCCUACUGGUUGACGGUGACGCUGACCAGUCCCGAAGUUGCGAACAACCGUCAGAGGCUGCCACAAAAAUCAUGUCACAGUUUGUCAUGAGCAGAACAGAAACCAGCAAGGCACACGACGGUUUGCAAGCGGAAGCCGGACAAGUAGCUUGUGGUUCUCAAGGUCACCGUACAGAAGGACAUAUUUGGAUCGCGAUUCUUUGUCGCCCUUGUGUUUGCACGUGUUACUCUGUACAUUACACUUGAUAGAUCGAUUACAAAACACUUGUUGGCAGAUGGCUUCCCUGGCAGUGAGCGAAGUGAUGGGACCUCAUUAUUCACACCAUCGUAGAAGCUCUACUGUUGGAGAGAACGUUGAAAGUGUUACGAUUAGUCUGGACAGAUUUAAAGCUAUAUAAAUUAUUAUCUAUGUUUUGCGUCGGGCGUCUACUGCAGUGCUUUUUGUCUUCGGGUACCUCGUGUCAGGCACACCAUAAAACCUAAAUUUGGACCUUCUAUUGAUCUGUGAUUUCACCAGUA